AUGACUGGAAGAGGUAAAGGCGGCAAAGCUAAGGCUAAAGGAAAGAGCCGUUCAUCUCGCGCUGGACUGCAAUUUCCAGUAGGCAGAAUUCAUCGACUGCUUCGCAAGGGUAAUUAUGCUGAAAGAGUCGGAGCUGGUGCACCAGUUUAUCUUGCUGCAGUUUUGGAAUACUUAGCUGCUGAAGUAUUGGAGUUGGCGGGAAAUGCUGCCAGAGACAACAAGAAGACAAGAAUUAUCCCUCGUCACCUUCAGCUUGCAAUCAGAAACGACGAGGAGUUGAACAAAUUGUUGUCUGGGGUCACCAUUGCUCAAGGUGGUGUUCUUCCAAACAUCCAAGCUGUUCUGUUGCCCAAGAAAUCUGCAGCUGCAGGCGGCGCCACAACAAAGGCCAAGAAGUCUUCACAGUCUCAGGAGUUUUAA